UUCCUUCAUCUUUUUUGGUUCGAGACAUCGUUACUUCAUCUUAAAGGAAGGCAUUUCUGUAGUUUCAUUUUUAUUGGAGAACUCGAACAAAAUUUCUAUGUUCAUGGACCACGGAUGUUGGAUGAGUUAUGAGUACCGUCUGUACAUUGCUUCACGAGAAAGAUAAAUAUGGCGAUUGGUAUCUUUCACAUCCCAAGUUCACAAAUUGAGUCUGUGAGCUGGUGGUGUAGCGGCCAAGAUACAGUUAGACAAGAAAUGUGCAGAGUGAAUACGAGCUUAAUAUAUAAAAUAUAGUUGAGGGGUAAAUUUGUUCGGAGUCAUAAGAAUAAAUAAUAUAGAAAACCAGUAAGAUUUGAUGUGGCUAAUUAUAUUUUCUCGAUACUAUUCUUAGAGUAUAAACGACGCAGAAUGAUGUGGGUAUGAUCAACGAACAAAGCCUCGUGGCGGUCUCUUACGAUGCAUGUAUAUAACCGCGUUUGAAUAUUCAAGUCUCUCCCACCCUCAUCGUCGUUCGUCAAAUGCUGAGAGUUUCGAUCCGAACUCGACGUUAUCAGUUUCCAGAAAAUCCUCACUCUCUCUCCCCACACAUCUAUAGGCCACUCAGAAAGAGAGAUUUGGAUUUCAGAAAUGGCGUCCUUCGACUCGUUCGGUAACGACGGAGACGAUCACCCACAUCAGUCGCCGCCAGUGCAACCCUUUGACGAUGAUGGUUAUUCGGGCUUCGACCCGGGCCUCUCGUCUCAGCCUUACGAAUCCACGUAUGCUGCUUCUGACGUUUUCAGCGAACCCCCACCUGCGAGCGAUUUUGGCCCCUCCGCCGACCUCCACCGCCACCUCAGCAUGGACGACGUCAACUAUGGUGAGAACGUACACUCUGCAAAUGAAGGCGGGUUUGGGAUUUCGACGCCCAACCCUGAUUAUGCGUCGCCAUUUGAACCGUCCGGGCUUGAGACGAAUGGUCCGGGAAAUGUGUAUGAAAAUGGCAGCGAUAAAAUCUUCACUUCCGAUGGCCCUUUACUCCCGGACCCGGGCCAAAUGCAGGAGGAAGGUUUUGCAAGACGCGAAUGGCGACGUGAAAAUGCAUUAUAUCUUGACGAAAAGGAGAAGAGAGAAAAAGAAAUGCGGAAUCAGAUUAUUAAAGAAGCUGAUGAAUAUAAGCAAUCUUUCCAUGAGAAAAGGAGACUCAAUUGCGAGACAAACAAAGCCAACAACAGGGAAAGAGAGAAGUUAUACUUGGCCAACCAAGAGAAAUUUCACAAAGAAGCUCACAAACAUUACUGGAAAGCGAUAGCAGAAAUCAUUCCUCGUGAGGUCCCCAAUAUUGAGAAGAGAAGAUGUAAAAAAGAAUCUGAGAGUAAUAAGCCUUCGGUUGUUGUGAUUCAGGGACCAAAGCCUGGCAAACCUACUGAUCUUUCAAGAAUGCGCCAAAUGAUUUCCAAACUUAAACAGAACCCUCCUCCUCACAUGAUGCCUCCCCCACCCAAAGAGGGCAAGGAUGGUAAAGAUGCAAAAGAUUCUAAAGAAGGCAGAGACGCUAAAGCUGUCAAAGAUCGAAAUGAUAAAAAAGAAACAAAGGAAGGUAAAAGCUCAACUCCAACUGCAUCUGAGGCUGCUGUAGAAAAUAAACCUGCUUCUCCUGCAAAAAAUGGGUCUGCAAAUGGUGCACCUAAUGUGCUUAAAGAAGAUGUUCCUGCUGUACUUGAGGGCGACCAAAUCAUCAUUGGUUCUGAACCGGAAGGGGCUCAGUGAUGAACAACUCGAUUUUUUGGACCAAACAGUGAAGAAAAGCGUGUUUUUUCCCGGCUGCAAAUUAUGUUGAUCUUGAUAAAGAUAGAAGCUUUGACAUUUUUCAUCUGUGAAGAGAUUAGAUUCAACCGUGGGACAUUCUGCGAGGCCGAGAUGUAAGGCCAUUUGUUGCUUAUUCCGAGGCCGCUAGCUCCCUCGUUGUCUUUCGUACUUUUUCUUCGUUCUCACUACUUUUCAGGCGGGGAAUUUUGUUGGGAGAGUUACUGUCAUUAACACAAC